CCUCUUCUUCUUCUUCUUCUUCUACCCCCGCCUCUCUCCUCCCCAUCCCCCAAAACCCUAACCCUAACCCUAGAAACCCCACUCGAGAUCUCGCCAAUGUCCCACCGCAAGCGCCCCGCCGAUGCCUACCCUGUCCCAGACUCCGGCGCCGGCGACGGCCCCAAGCGCCGCGGCGCCGACGCCUACCCCGUCGCCGACUCCGGCGCCGGCGACGGUCCCAGGCGCCGCGGCUCCGUCGCGUCCUUCCCCUCCUACCUCGACGCCCCGGAGCUCCCCGCGAAGCUGCGGCUCAUCUGCGAGCUCCUCGCCUCCGCCCCCUCCGCCGCCGCCGUGGAGCCGCUCCUCGACGGCGCCGCCGCGUCGAUCCCCUCCCUCUCCCACUCCGACGUCGAGCACGUCCUCCGCCUCUCCUACUCCCACCCCGGCCCCGCCCUCGCCUUCUUCCGCUGGUCCGGCGCCCGCCACCUCUCCCACCUCCACUCCCCCUACUCCUGGAACCUCCUCGUCGACCUCCUCGGCAAGAACCUCCUCUUCCCCCCCAUGUGGCACGCCCUCCACUCCAUGCACUCCCUCAGCCUCCUCUCCCUCGCCACCUUCGCCUCCGUCUUCUCCUCCCUCGCCUCCGCCUCCGCCUCCCCUCCCGACGCCCCGCUCCAGGCCUUCCUCUCCCUCCCCUCCUUCGGCCUCCCCCGCGACUCCGCCGCCCUCAACUCCCUCCUCUCCGCCCUCUGCCGCGCCGGCCGCGCCGCCGACGCCCGCGCCGCGCUCCCCCGCGCCGCCGCCGCCGCCGCCGGCGCCCGCCCCGACGCCGACUCCUUCGCCAUCCUCCUCGAGGGCUGCGAGGCCGACGCCGAUCCCCGCGCCGCCCGCCAGGUGCUCGACGAAAUGCUCGCCACCCUCGGCUGGGACCCCGCCUGCGCCGCCGCCUUCGACUCCUUCCUCGUCACCCUCCUCGGCGCCGGCCCCUCCCCCGCGGCGGGCCUCGCCGACGCCCUGCAGGCGUUCGACGCGAUGCGGCGGAACGGCUGCUUCCCCGGCAUGAAGUUCUUCCGCGCCGCCAUCCGGUCCUGCGUUGCGGCCCACGACCCCCGCGCGGCCGCCGCGCUGUGGGAUGCCCUGUCGUCGCGGCCCGGGUGCGCGCCCGACACCGCCUUGUACAAUUCGAUGAUCUCGCUCCAGUGCUCCCUCGGCCAGGCCGAAUUGGCCGCCGCCCUCCGCUAUCUCGAUGAAAUGGUCUUUUACGGGGCGUUCCCCGACGCCGAAACCUACGAUCUGUUGCUCCACCACCUGCUCAGGGGCCGCAAGUUGAGCGAAGCCGCCGCCAUUUUCAUGGAGAUGGUGCGGAACGAGCACUGCCCGAGCACGGGCAGCUGCCAAUCUGCAGUUAAGAUUUUUUUGGAUGCGGAGGAUUGGGAGACGGCGGAGAAGGUGUGGAGGUGCAUGGUCGAGAAUGGAUUGAAGCCGGUGGAGGAGAGCGGAAACAUGAUCGUGGAGAGGCUAAGAGGCAGGGGUUUGCUCCCGGAGGCUUGGAAAUUUGCCGAGGAGGUGAUCGACAGUGGCGUCAAGUUGUAUUCCUCGACACUUUCGAAGCUGCGGCACAGCCUCACGAAAGUCGGUAAGGGAAGUAUCCAUGAGUACCUCCUUAUAAAAUGGAAAGCUCAUUAGAAUUACGGUUAUGUUAUUUUGUUUACUUGCGUAUUUGCUUUGAUAUUAUAUCUUUGCAUAGAAAAAGAAUGCUAUUUAUGUGCAGGCUAUGUAACAUUAGAGAUAAAAUCUUCUUAGGUAUAACAUGGUAAAUAGUCGAUAAAGAGGAAUCUGUUUUCCGAGAUCGCUCUUUGCAAAGCUUCUUUCACAUAAAACUUGUUGAAAUUUACUUGUCUGAUUCUUCUCUUCCCUUAUCUUCUUAUGAUUAUGAAUCGUGACUCUUUCUGCGGCAUGGAUCGAUUCUUUUA